AUGGAUCGCCCGAAGCCUGUUGCCCAAGAUCUCCUAGCCGACCUCCCAGUUGAUGCUGAUGCUAAACCAACCCAAUCCAUGCCACCACCAAAGCCAAAAAGAACCAAAAAGGCUCAGCCAAAGGCCAAAGCCACUGUAGUUGAGACUGAAGAUGCUCUGCCAAUUUCACAAUUGGCUGGGAGUAAGAAGACUGUUUCUAUUCCCAUAAAAAGGUCGGUUGAAACACAGCCAGCAGAAUCUUCAAAGUCAAAGAAAGCGAGGUCGUCCUCUGCAACGGCUUCGGGGUCCAAAAAACCCGACGUCCUCUGGGCCCCAAAGAUUACUUUGGAGAACAGGCCAAUCAUGUCUAGUGAAAGCGCCGAUGACAUUAAUGUCGGCGUCGCUCUCAGCACCACUCUUCUCCUUCUAGGGGACCUGAAUCGGGAAAGAAUGACCGAGAUGAAGAAGGAGUUUUCUGCCCUACAGAAGACCAACAAAGGUCUUCAAUUAAAAAUGAAGAAGCUGGAAGAGCAGGCCGAGGCUGCAACUAAGGCCCAACAGAUAGCCGAGGAAAAAGCUGAAUCAGCCGAGGCUAUAAGGAAGGUUGCUGAAGCCGAGAAGAUAGAGGCCGAGGACAGAAAGGCCCAAGCCGAAAAGGAACUGCAGGAGGCCCUGACCACCAAGGAUGUCGAAAUUAAGGAGGCCGAUGAAAAGGCAUACGCCCAGGGUAUGGCUAACGUUACUGAAGAAUACAAACUUCAGAAACUUGAUCUUCUUGCUGAUUCACCAUUCCGCAAUGCCGAUGCUAUCCCUCUUCCCUUCCCACCACCUCCACCUCCACCUCCAUCUCCAAGUCAACCUGAGGAAGCUUCUGAAUCUGAGGAUGAAGAUGGAGGUGAGGACGAGGAUGGGGUUGAAAUUUUGGUAAGGAAACCUAAGGAUGCUGCUGGGACCAAAUCCCUUCCUUCAAGUUCGCAAAUCAUGGACUUAACUCAAGAUGAUGUAGGUGAAGGGGUUGCCAAGGAAACCACUCCAGAGCACGCUUCGUCUGACGUUCCUCAAAUUGACAAGAGUAUAGAUGAAACUCUUGCCGAGAUUGAUGCAGAACUUGCAAUGGAGAAGGCGGUUGAAGUAGCUCUUCAAGAAUCUGCAGAGGUCCAAACCAAAGUUGCUCCUGAGGCUGAGGAACCACAACUUUGA